CUGCAUUCAAGUUUAAUCGGGAAACGGAAAGUUCGUUACUGUCAUUUCUCCUUCUAUUUGUUAGACGAAACAACUUUGAUUUCGAACAGAAUAGGAAUUGAUAACUGCGAUAUUUUUGUCAUGAAGCACAUAUAGAAUAUCCAGUAUAUAACAUCUGUUUGACUCUCAAGCUCAACUGUCAGGAUUAGCUGCCGCAAAAUUUUGAUAUUUCCCAGCAGAACCCAACAUUCUCAUUAUUCGCAAUGGUAACGGGGUUCGGGUUUCUGUGGCACACCGGUGAAGUUCUACUCAAACGCAGCUGUGGAGAGAUGCACUCGGACAACUUUGACGGACCUGAAGCUGUCCACGCAUGGAUGAGUUAGCUGUGUGACUUUGUUUUCGUGUUUUUAAUGAUUUUGGGCGGGUGGCACCAUGAAGGUGGUGUGUUUUAUGGAAUAAGACAAUCGGAGCUGAAGGAUUUUUAUUCACGUUUUUAUUUCAUUUACAACAAAAAGAAGAUAACAUGUUUGAAGUUUCUGGAAUUCCAUACUUCCUGCUGGACAUUACUUGUCUCAUACUCGUGGGACUCCCCUUCUUCAUCCUGACUCCUCAGCACAACCCCUUCAAACGAGGCUUCUUCUGCGAUGAUGAGUCCAUCCGCUACCCCCUCAAAGAGGACACCAUUUCCUACCAACUCCUUGGGGGUGUUAUGAUCCCCUUCACGCUCAGUGCUAUCAUCUGUGGUGAGUGUCUUUCCGUCUACCUGUCCCACAUCAAGAAGAAGACGCUUGGCCGCAUGUAUGCAGCAUGUGUCUACAAGGCCGUGGGCUGCUACUUGUUCGGAGCGGCGGCCAGCCAGUCGCUGACGGAUGUCGCCAAGUACUCCGUGGGGCGUCUCCGGCCGCACUUUCUGGCCGUUUGCAAGCCGCGGUGGGAUCGCAUCAACUGCAAAGCUGGAGGAUACGUGGAGAACUUCACCUGUACAGGCGAUAAGUUCCUGGUGGAUGAAGCCAGGCUGUCCUUCUACUCUGGUCAUUCGUCGUUCUCGAUGUACUGCAUGUUGUUUCUUGUUCUGUACAUCCAAGCCAGGCUGAAGGCCAAGUGGGUGAGGCUGCUGCGACCCACUGUGCAGUUCUUCCUGCUCGCCACCGCCGUCUACGUGGGUCUGUCCCGCGUGUCCGACUACAAGCACCACUGGACCGACGUGCUCGCCGGCCUCCUGCAGGGCGGCGCUGUGGCCUCCUUCACUGUGUUCUGCGUGUCCAACUUCUUCCAGCAGCCCCUCGAGGUGGGCGUGUCCCAGGAGGACGGAGGCCAGCACACCAGUUUACAUGAGAACCCACCCAAUUCCAACCACUACGGCAGCACUGACUGAACCACCUCAAAGAAUCACCCCGGCAGGAGGAGCGAUUGGGUAGGGGUGGCAGCACAUGCACUUUACUGUGUUACCAAGAAAUUUUCGGCUCGAUGUGAGCACGUUGCCGAGCGGGAGGGACUUUUUACAACAGUGUGCCAUGGGGUGGAUAUAUGCCGUGUGUCACGGAGGAAUGAAAUUCCAUUUGCUGUGAACAUAAUGGGAGGCUUGUGUGCUCGCUGCGAGCAGCCUUGUAAUGGAGAGUCUGGCACCUUGAAAAACCUCCACUGUCCUGAAAGGAGACACAGGUACUGGACGACAUACAGAAAAAUGCAGGGAUGUUCGGUUUUUGGGUGACGUUUCAGGAUGGACUGAAAAUGCACUAUAACAGUUGUUUGAUCAAUGGGUGGACCAAUACAGGAGAAAUCGACUCAGCCCUGCGUGAAUAAUGAAAAUCCGUCAACAUUUGACACCAUCCAUAAAUAUAUACCGUAUUUUCCGCACUAAAAGGCGCACCUAAAAGCCUUAUAUUUUCUUAAAAGCUCACAGCGCGCCUUAAAAUCCGAUGCGCCUUGUGU